AUGUGGUCCGAAAAAGAGACAUUAUCAGCGCGGGAAGUAAAUGCCGCAAGUAUUUGCGCCGCCAGAUUAGCUUCCAGCCAAGAAGCCAGUGAGCUAUCUAAUUGCUCAAAGAGCUGUGAGCUUCAUAGCUGUAUCGGCGGCCGGCCUUUUUCCAAAAGCAGUAACAACUUCGCAUUCAUAAAGAAUCUUCAAAUGGGUAUGACUCGCACCAAGAUAUUCCACGUACACCAUCGUCAACAUUGCAUGAAGCGCAGAAAUCAAACUUAUACCCGCAAAGGAGGUCGAGCAGGUACGGCUGUGUGUACACGCGAGGAGCGAUGA